CCCGGGGCGCCGCGGGCGGGGCGGGCAGGAGGCUGGGAACCACCCGAGCCCCGCGCUCCCCGCCCCCUUUGUCUCCGAGCGGCCGGCGCGCGGGGAGCCCCACGGGCCUCGGCUGCCUCCUCCCCCCCGAAUCCGCUCCCGGUCGCUUGCUCCGGGUCUCCGGGCAGCCGGACGCAUGGCCAUGGGCGCUCCCUCGCGCGGGGCGCACCCACUUGUGCUGCUGCUGCUGCUGCUGCUCCCGGGGGCCCGCGGCUCGGAGGCCGAGCACCGCCUGUUCGAGCGGCUGUUCCAGGACUACAACGAGAUCAUCCGGCCCGUGGCCAACGUGUCCGACGCCGUCAUCAUCCAGUUCGAGGUGUCCAUGUCCCAGCUGGUGAAGGUGGAUGAGGUCAACCAGAUCAUGGAGACCAACCUGUGGCUCAAGCAGAUCUGGAACGACUACAAGCUGAAGUGGGACCCCGCGGACUACGACGGGGCGGAGUUCCUGCGCGUCCCCGCCCAGAAGAUCUGGAAGCCGGACAUCGUGCUCUACAACAACGCCAUGGGGGACUUCCAGGUGGACGACAAGACCAAAGCCCUGGUCAAGCACACGGGCGAGGUGACCUGGAUCCCCCCGGCCAUCUUCAAGAGCUCCUGCAAGAUCGACGUCACCUACUUCCCCUUCGACUACCAGAACUGCUCCAUGAAGUUCGGCUCCUGGUCCUACGACAAGGCCAAGAUCGAGCUGGUCCUGGUCGGCUCCUCCAUGAACCUCAAGGACUACUGGGAGAGCGGCGAGUGGGCCAUCAUCCGCGCCCCGGGCUACAAGCACGACAUCAAGUACAACUGCUGCGAGGAGAUCUACCAGGACAUCACCUACUCGCUGUACAUCCGGCGGCUGCCCCUCUUCUACACCAUCAACCUCAUCAUCCCCUGCCUGCUCAUCUCCUUCCUCACCGUGCUCGUCUUCUACCUGCCCUCCGACUGCGGCGAGAAGGUGACGCUCUGCAUCUCCGUGCUGCUCUCCCUCACCGUCUUCCUGCUGGUCAUCACCGAGACCAUCCCGUCCACCUCGCUGGUCAUCCCGCUCAUCGGCGAGUACCUGCUGUUCACCAUGAUCUUCGUCACGCUCUCCAUCGUCAUCACGGUCUUCGUGCUCAACGUGCACUACCGGACGCCCACCACGCACACCAUGCCCGCCUGGGUGAAGACCGUGUUCCUGCAGGCGCUGCCCCGGGUCAUGUUCAUGGCCAGGCCGGCGGGCGGUGAGGGCGGCGGCGGCGGCGCCAGCGCCGAGUUCGCCAACCUCAACUGCUUCCGCCGUCGCCCGGGGUCCAAGGACGGCAAGGAGGGCGGCCCCUGCCAGGAGGGGCCGUGCGGUGCCAGCCGCCACCACCGCUCGGUGAAGAUCUCCAACUUCACCGCCAACCUCACGCGGAGCUCCAGCACCGACUCCGUGGACGCCGUGCUCUCGCUGUCGGCCCUGUCGCCGGAAAUCAAGGAGGCCGUCCAGAGCGUCCGGUACAUCGCGGAGAAUAUGAAGGCGCAGAAUGAGGCCAGAGAGAUUCAAGACGACUGGAAGUAUGUGGCCAUGGUGAUCGACCGCAUUUUCCUGUGGGUUUUCAUCCUGGUGUGCAUCCUGGGGACAGCCGGGCUGUUCCUGCAGCCGCUGAUGGCCCGGGACGACCCCUGAUGGCCCGGACGACCCCUGGGCGCCGACCUGUGCACCUGCCUGAGGGGUACUGGGUGUGGGGGGGGGGAAGGCGGGGAGCUGGGGAGAAGCCCUUUUUUUUGUGAUAAAACACCCUUAGCAUACAAUUUACCAUCGUAACCUUUUCACAUGCACAGCUCAGUGGUAUCCAAUGGUCACACUGCUAUGCAAUCGUCAUCACCAUCGAGCCCCAUAACCCUUUCCAUCCUGUGACCCUGAAACCACAUAUACGUCCCAUUAAACAGUGACUGCCUUCCCCCCACCCCCGGCCCCUGCCAACCACCAUUCUACUUCCUUUCUUUCUUUUUGACCCAAAAUGUUAAGGUUUUAUUUACAAAGCCUUCCUUGCUGCACAGAAAGGAACAAUGCUAUUCCAGUCUUGGUGCAACUGGUAGCCACAGCCGGCGGACUCACCCGUCACAGCGAUCCACGCGACAGCAAGAGUCUUACGGGGAAACCUAACCACGCUGAUGAUUUGUCGGGGUGCAGUCCCGAGCUCGGGAGUGAGUUUCCAAAAGGGCCUAAAUGGGCAGAGGUGGGAUGUCACAGGAGCUACUCUCUGGCCCUUGGGUGGGUGGGUGCGUGUCCUGGGGUUUGUAUCACAGCUACCUUAAAAAAAAGAGAAAGGAAGAAACAGCUACGAAAUCCAUACGAGCAGCCCAGCCAAUCCUGAAGUUUUUUUCUUUUCUUUCUUUUAAAUAUAUUUUUAUUGAAUUCAGAGAGGAAGAGAGAGAGGGAGAGAGAGAGAGAAACAUCAGUGAUGACUAGGUUACCUCCCAGAGUCCUUGCAACCCCCAGAUUGUAACUGGAAUGAAAGAGAUAAAACUGAAACAGUACGUGGGUGUAAAAUGUGGGAUGUGCUCACACAGAAUCAGAACGCUGCCUUCCGUUUCAGAAGAUGGUUUUCUCACAGAACAAUUCAGGAGUACCCACCGACAUGCUUUUCAAAAUGGGAUUCGCUUCAUCGUCACAGACGCAUCUAAGGUCAAGGGUAAAGAGAUGAGGCCCAGGGGUUGAGCGGCGACCUAGGAACCAGGAGGUCAGGGUUCGAUUCCCGGUCAGGGCACAGGCCCGGGUUGCAGGCUCCAUCCCCAGUGGGGGGCGUGCAGGAAGCAGCCGGUCCAUGAUUCUCUCUCAUCCUGGAUGUUUCUAUCUCUCCCUCUCCUUUCCUCUCUCUGAAAUCAAUAAAAACAUAAUUAAAAAAAGAUAAAGAGAUGUUACUACAAUUUAUAUAGAAGAUGGUUCUACUGGUGGUGGAACACGUGGCCAAGGGGACUGAAAUGAAUAGGAGUUGUCUUGUAUGAUUUCACAGUGGAAGGUAAAAUCCUUUAAAAUAAAGAGCUAAUAUGCUA